AUGCACAUGAAGUUUAUCCCUCUCGGUCUUAUUGCAAGCAUCGUUGCAACCGUCUCUGCUCGUUCCUUGUACUCUGAGAACUCUCUUACUGCUGUUGAACGUCGUGGUCUUGCCGAUGUCACUGACACUGAUGUUGGUCUUGAUAACACUGCUUCCAACAUUCUCAACAAUUUGGAGGCUGAAGAUAUCCUCAACUGUCUCCAAGUCAAUGUUCUCGCUGACGGUAGCCCUAACCCUGCUUGUCAUGGUGGCAAUGGCGGUCAUGGUGGUCAUGGUGGUCAUGGUGGUCAUGGUGGUCACGGUGGUCAUGGUGGUCAUGGUGGCAAUGGCGGUCAUCAUGGCGGUGAUGGUGGUCAUGGUGGUGAUCAUGAUGGAGGUGACAAUGACGGUGGCGAUCAUGAUGGAGGUGACAACGAAGGCGGUGAUGACUGCGGUGACAAUGAAGGUGGCGAUAACGAUGGUGGUGACCAUGACGGUGGCGACCAUGAUGGUGGCGAUAACGAUGGUGGUGACCAUGACGGUGGCGACCAUGAUGGUGGCGACCAUGAUGGUGGUGACCACGAAGGCGGUGACCAUGAUGGUGGCGAUAACGAAGGCGGCGAUGACUGCGAUGACAAUGAUGGUGGUGACCAUGAUGGUGGUGACCAUGAUGGUGGUGACCACGAUGGUGAUGACAACGAAGGCGGUGACCAUGACGGUGAUGACAACGAAGGUAACGAUUGCAACUGUGGUUUAGACAAGCGUGAUACUGUUGGUGUCCAUGACACUGAUGUCAAGCUUCACAACACUGCCAGUGGUAUUGCCAAUGGUAUCAAGAUCAAGGAUGUUCUCAACGAUGCCCGUGUCAAUGUGCUCGCUCGUCGUGAUACUGUUGGUGUCCAUGACACUGAUGUCAAGCUCCACAACACUGCCAGUGGUAUUGCCAAUGGUAUCAAAAUCAAUGAUGUUGCCAAUAAUGCCAGAGUUAAUGUUGCUCGUAGAAGCUUAGUCAAGGUGACUGAUACUGACGUCCAUGCAAAGAACACUCUUAGCAAUAUUGCCAACGGUAUCAAGGUAAAGGAUGUUGCUAACGAUGCCAAUGUCCGUGUUGCUCGCAGAGGUUUGCUCAGCCUUAAGGAUACCAACGUCAAGCUCGACAAGACUCUCCACAACAUUGGUAACGGUAUCAAGAUCAAGAAUGUAGCCAACAACCUCAGAGUCAAUGCUCUCAACCGUCGUCAUGAUACUGUUGGUGUCCAUGAUACCGAUGUCAAGCUCCACAACACUGCCAGUGGUAUUCUCAACGGCCUCAAGAUCAAGGAUGUUCUCAACGAUGCCCGUGUCAAUGUGCUCACUCGUCGUGAUACUGUUGGUGUCCAUGACACUGAUGUCAAGCUUCACAACACUGCCAGCGGUAUUCUCAACGGUGUCAGAGUUCAUGAUGUUGCCAAUGACGCUCGUGUCAAUGCCCUCUAA